AUGAAUCCAAUAUUGUACCCUUCAUCAAGGGUAUCACAGUUGGAUGCUAAUAUAUUAGACUCGGAACUUUUUUCUCUAUUGAAGGAGCAAGUAUCGUCCAUUUUCCAGCUUCAUGAAAACAACAAUUCCAUAUUGAGCAAACUCUCGUAUGCUCGAAAUCCUGAGGUUUUUUCCUUGUUAUUAAAUCUACUCAUUUUCAAACUAACGGUGUGGAAGUCAGGGUCUACUUAUGGAUCAUCGUUACAAAAUUUGAAACUCACAGAUUUCAAGACUGGGAAGAUUAUUGGAUUUAACAAAAGAGGACUUCUUUUGGGCGUGCUUGUUGCAACCUACUUUUACAAAAAGAUCGAGACUGCUCUAUAUCAACUAGAGGAAACUGAGAAUAAUCUGGACUACAAUUCAUUGACCAGUAGGUUGAAACUGUUUAUAGUGAACAAUAAGAAUCAGGUGUUGAUGAAAAUCGAUAAUACGUUGAAGAUUGCGAAUCUUGUUAACUUUACUGUUUUUCUUGUUAAUGGCAAAUAUUCAUCAAUAGUGAAUAGAGUCUUGGGUAUAACAGAAACGCCGAUUAUAUCCGAUCUUUUAAAAUUCAAUGGAAGCAAUGUGAACUACGAAUUUCAAAAUCGUCAAUUGGUGUGGAAUGUAAUGACUGAGUUUUUGGUGUUUUUGUUCCCUCUACUACAAUUGGGAAAAAUACGAAAGGCUAUUGGUAAAGUUGUGAAUAAAACAAAGACACUCAACGGAAUGGAAGUUAUUGGGGAAUCCGAAACAACGCGGUAUACGAAUUUGCCAGUACUGGAAUGUGCAAUUUGUCACCAUAAUAAUUACAUGGCUUCUCAGUCGGGAAAUAGAGUUUUUGCAACUGCGGGACCUGUCACUAAUCCGUGUAUAACAAACUGUGGACAUGUAUAUUGUUAUGUGUGCAUUGCACUUGAGUUCAAUAUCAUGAAGCUGACUGGAGAUAAUCAAUUUUGUUUGAGAUGCAAUAGUAAAUUAGAAUGGUUCCAGGAAUUCGAAGCGGACGAAAAGGCCAUUGAUGUUGAUGCUAUAACUAUUGAAAAUGAAUACUCUUCAGAAAACGAAGAGGAGGAAGAUGAGGUUGAGGAUCGUGUUGAUGGUGAUGAAGACGAUGCAAGUAUUGCUAGCGCUUCAAGCGAGGAGAUUCAAUCGUUCGAGCCGCUUGAAAAGAUUACAACUACGAGAGUAGAAAGGCGAUUGAGCCGACGUCUGGAAAUAUUUGACCUGAGUUCAAGCACUGAUGAGCUCAGUGAUGAUUACUACAGCGAAGAAGAAGAGAUGGAAGCUGAUGAAGUUUAUAUGUGA